GACCGACGAUUUGUCUGGCCCUGCGUACUUUCAGCCAUCCCAUUCAUUUCUCUCGUUUCUAGAGUCAACUCAGUCUUGAUAUCAUCGUCUGACCCAAGAACAUGGCGCCUCCUGUGGGCACGCCUUUGGCAACGGCCACGACCCCCAGUUCAAGGGCUCGAGAUGAUCUCAAUUCAACCUGGACCUACCUUCAGAGCAACCUGGAUAAUGUCAUGACUAAGUUGCAAGAGGGUCUUGACAUGAAGACGUACAUGGGUGUCUACACAGCAGUACACAAUUUCUGUACUUCUCAAAAAGCAACGCCUCAACCCCAGGGGUCGUUGCCCACUCUCAGUCAACAACACCGUGGUGCUCACCUCCUGGGUGAGGAACUGUACACUCUCCUAGGUCAAUACCUCAGCGAGCACCUUCGGGAAGUGCUAAAGAACUCCGAAUCUCAUACCGACGAGGCCCUUCUUACGUUCUACAUUCGGGAGUGGAAGAGGUACACGGAUGCCGCGAAGUACAACAACCAUCUAUUCCGCUACCUCAACCGUCACUGGGUGAGGAGAGAGAUCGACGAGGGUAAGAAGAAUGUCUACGACGUCUACACUCUACAUCUGGUCAAGUGGCGGGAUGAUUUCUUCAAGGCUGUGGAGGCAAAAGUUAUGCACGCUGUCCUGCGUCUCGUUGAGAAGCAGCGAAACGGCGAAACAAUCGAUCAGAUGCAGAUCAAGGCUAUCGUGGACUCUUUCGUAUCACUUGGGCUGGAUGAGCUCGACAGCACAAAGUCAACGCUCGAUGUCUACCGUCUCUAUUUCGAACGGCCCUUCAUCAUUGCGACCAAGGCCUACUACACAAACGAGUCAAAACGCUUCGUCGCAGAAAACAGUGUGGUAGAGUACAUGAAAAAGGCGGAGGCCAGACUUGAGGAAGAAAAGGAACGCGUCAAUAUGUACUUGCACCCCGACAUCAUGAAGAAGCUGAUGGAAACCUGCAACGAGGCACUCAUCAGCGCACACUCCGUACUCUUGAGAGACGAGUUCCAGGUCCUCCUUGACAACGAACGCACCGAAGACCUUGCCAGGAUGUACAAGCUUCUUUCGCGAAUAAAGGAUGGGCUUGAUCCUCUCCGCAAUCGCUUCGAGAAUCACGUUCGCAAAGCAGGCACAAUUGCGGUUGAAAAGGUGGCAGCCAACGGUGAGAAUUUCGAGCCCAAAGUCUACGUCGAUGCUCUGCUUGAGAUUCAUGGCAAGUACCAACAGCUUGUCAAUGUGGCCUUUAAUGGGGAGUCGGAGUUCGUACGCUCUCUCGACAACGCCUGUCAAGACUUUGUCAACCACAACCAUGUUUGCAAAAACAACACCACCAGAUCUCCUGAAUUGCUUGCCAAAUAUGCAGACCAGUUGUUGAAGAAAGGAGCCAAGGCGGCCGACGAGUCCGAACUCGAGGAGUUGCUUGUCCAAAUUAUGGUUGUCUUCAAAUACAUUGAAGACAAGGAUGUUUUCCAGAAGUUUUACUCUCGCAUGUUGGCCAAGCGUCUUGUCCAUACAAGUUCCGUAUCGGACGAUGCCGAGACCAGCAUGAUCAGCAAGUUGAAGGAAGCCUGUGGUUAUGAAUACACCAACAAGUUACAACGCAUGUUCCAAGAUGUUCAGAUCUCCAAAGAUCUCAAUACAUCGUACAAAGACUGGCAUGAUAAGAUCCUGGAAGAUAGUGAUGAGAAACGGACUGUCGACUCUACAUUCCAGAUCCUCGGUACUGGCUUCUGGCCUCUGAACGCACCAAACACGCCAUUUGCUCCACCGGCUGAAGUCAACAAGGCUGUCGAAUCAUUCACUCGCUUCUACGAUUCAAAACACAAUGGCCGCAAAUUGACAUGGCUGUGGCAAUUGUGUAAGGGAGAGAUUCGAGCCAACUACAUCAAAAGUCAGAAGGUACCAUACACCUUCCAAGUGUCUACGUAUCAGAUGGCCAUCCUCCUGCUGUUCAAUGACUCUGACAAGCUUGAUUUCUCCGACAUCAAAGAAGUCACUAAAUUGACAGACGAAAACCUGGAGCCUGCGCUUGGUAUCCUCUGCAAAGCUCGUGUGCUCUUGCCCAGUCCAGAAGACGGCAAACCUGUUGCGGGAACUAGUUACACCUUGAACUACAACUUCAAGAACAAGAAGGUCAAGAUCAACUUGAACAUCAAUCUCAAAUCUGAACAGAAGACCGAGUCGGAUGAAACUCACAAGACGAUCGAGGAGGAUCGAAAGUUGCUGCUUCAGGCCGUGAUUGUUCGUAUCAUGAAAGGUCGCAAGAAGCUCAAGCACGUCCUUCUGGUCGAAGAAGUCAUCAAUCAGGUCAAGAAUCGAUUCCCACCCAAAAUUCCCGACAUCAAGAAGAACAUCGAUGCACUUAUGGAGAAAGACUACAUUGAGCGCCUUGAUAACGACGAGUUGGCUUACAUUGCCUAACUUUUAUUUCUUAGCAAGCGGGUCUUUAUGAGAUAUCUCGGUGGCAACUAUUCCAUAACUCAUCAAAUGAGAUAGGGUUUUCUUGCUGAAAUUGGACGUGUCAGAGAGUGGGGUUCCUUCUUGCUGCAAUCGGCGUGGAGGAAAAAGGAGUAACUACCUCGUCAAUGAUGCGAGGACAGGGGAAUCAGUCUGGGCUGGGCGUUCCUUGUAUUGCAUUGCAUACGGACUCCGCCCGUGUAACACACAUUUGGGUGCUUUUUCUUGCGCCUGUUUCGUUCCAACAUUCUCGCUCGCCGAGACAGGGGAAGAAGGCAGGAGAAAAUAAACACCGAGACGAAUUCACGAUGCAUGAUGAUACCGUUCACCAGGGUUCGCAGAUAGCACACAUUCUUUGUAUUGAGGGUCUGGCCAGGUGAGAGGCAGUUAUCAGAAGGGCCUUGAGUUAGAGGGAGCGAGAAGUGGCAUUGCCUUUUGCAGACUCCCCCCUUCCAGUCCAUCUCCCAACGUCUCAAUCUGGACAGGGUCAAAAGAGCUGAAGCAUUGGUUGAUUAGAUCGAAGAGUGACAAUGACAUUCGAAUGACAUGA